GAAAGCAGCAGUGGGCGUGAACGAAUCCUCGGUUUCUACGCUGUGUUUACUUCCGUCAAUAUUUCCAACAGCAGGAAGGAGAGCAGAGAAAAAGAGACCAGCCACAAAGCAGCUCCUUGGAUAUUAAGGUGUUCGCCGUGGCUGCAGCUUUUUCCUGCCCACAGGCCUUCCUUCCCCAGUUAAUAUGCCUUUCUUAGGCAAAGACUGGAGGUCACCUGGAUGGAGCUGGACGAAGACGGACCAUGGCUGGAAGAGGAUUGUUUUCUUUGGACACGAGCUGGAGGACAACAAAGAGAUAGACCUGAAAGAGCUCUGCAGUGACAACAAUGAAAAUCUGUUUGUCGGAGAAGUGUGUGAGCUCGCCAACACCAAGAGGAAGAAGGAGUUCUACAACAAUAACACCAAAUCCCAGUUUGUUUUUAGAGAUAAAUGGAUCUACGUGCAGAAAGGAAGCACGAAGGAACGGCACGGUUACUGCACGCUCGGGGAAGCUCUCAACCGACUCGACUUUUCCAGCGCUAUCCAAGAUUUGCGACGAUUUAACUAUGUUGCAAAGCUUUUUCAGCUGAUCGCCAGGUCUCAGUUGACAUCUUUGAGUGGAGCUGCCCAGAAAAACUAUUUCAAUAUACUGGAGAAGAUUGUACGAAAGGUCCUAGAGGACCACUACAAUCCACGCCUUGUUAAGGAGCUUCUUCAGGACCUGAGCUCCACACUCCACAGUCUCACCAUCCAUGUUGGCAGGUGUGUCCUCGUGGGCAACGUAAAUAUCUGGUUGUGCCGCCUGGAGACCAUUAUUAAAUGGCAGCAGGAGCUCAACAACAUGCAGAUCCCAAAGCAAAUGUACACCGGGAUGUCUUUCAACGACUUGCCGCUGCACAUGCAUAACAAGAUCCUCUGCAAGUUGUCCGACGCCUGUGACAUCAUCAACCUGGGUCAGGCCACGCCGACGUUGCACAUCCUCAGUGAGAACUGGACGCUGUGGAAGAAACUCUGUCAGUUUCACUUCUCAGACAAACCGGCUUCCACUGCUCAUAUGCAGUUCUGCAGGAAUUUGGGUCUAACCAGGGGCGACAACGUGGACUGGAAGCUGAUGUACUUCACCCUGCAGAAGCACUACCCGAUGAAGGAGCAGUACGGCGACACGUUGCACUUCUGCAAACACUGUAGCAUCCUCUUCUGGAAGGAUCGCCAUGUGGCUUUGUUCCUCAAGGACUUUGGCCACCCGUGCACCGCCAAUGACCCGGACAGCUGCCUGAUGCCCAUUUCUCCGCAGCACUUUAUCGACCUCUUCAGAUUUUAAACCCUCCGCGUUGCUCUGCGACUCGACGUCCGUUGCUCUCCGUCCCGUUUCGAGUGUGCUUAAAAACACCUCGACCGUUGUUUACCCAAAUAAAAAUAAAAAAAAAGGGCUGAAACUGCACGAAAAGGAUUUUUAUUUUUCAGCGCACAAACAUUUCCAAACAUAGAAAGGACUAAAUGUGUGGCUUUUUUUUUUUUUCUGUUUUUGUUUCAUAACUUAAAAAGAUAAUUUAUGUUUCAGCACAGAUGUUCGUCCUGAAGAGACAGAAAAAGGCUUCUCUCUAUAGAGGGAAUAAAAUUAUGUAAAUUAUAUGAAAGGAAAAAAAAGUAUAUUGAAGGAUUUUGUGUAAAACAUGUUUUAGCCCGUUGUUGGUAGCUGAGUAUUCAUUGAAUGGAUGUAUUAAGAUUUACAGAGAGCUAUUUAUUCAGUAGGGUUUAAUUGCUUCCUGAUCUGUUUCCAGUGGUCUUUUUCUACAGUAACGGCUCGUUCGUCGUGUUUGACUCUUGUUUACAGACUGUUGUCCUUUGUUGGCUAAUGUAAACCUCCGUUCAGUGUACAUCGUUUUCUACUGCUGUUAGGCGUCUAAAGUGGCAAACACAAAAAAAAAUAUGACUGUUUAAGGGAGGGAAAUGACUUUUUUGAACUUCUCUUCCAACUUUUGUAACAUCCCUUUACAUCCCAAUCCAUAUUCUUGAAGGUACUGUUGUGACUUUUCCAGUGUGGGAACCAGCUUUGAAUUAAUAAAAGUGUUUCUAAAACCUG